AUGCUUAAGGAUGUUGAAAAAUCUGGAAUAGUGGACACCCUCUUGUCAUGGGCAAAUUUUAAACAAAGUAAAGAUCUGAAAAAAACUGAUGGAACUAAGACUCAUAGGAUUCGUGGGAUUAUAAAGCUUGAGGAUGCCAAUGAUGCUGGUCGAAGGAACUCCGAGAAAUGUACCUUGAUAUUGACGGAGGGUGAUUCUGCUAAGGCUCUCGCGAUGGUCGGGCUCUCUGUAGUGGGCCGAGACCACUAUGGUGUGUUUCCGUCGAGAGGAAAAUUGCUCAAUAUGCGGGAAGCUAGUAGCAAACAGAUAAUGGAAAAUGAAGAAAUUCAAAAUAUAAAGAAGAUACUUGGGCUGCAGCAAAACAAGGAGUACACAAAUGUGGAGUCUUUGAGAUAUGGUCAUUUGAUGAUUAUGGCUGAUCAGGAUCAUGAUGGCUCCCACAUCAAAGGGCUUCUGAUUAACUUCAUUCAUUCCUUUUGGCCAUUACUGCUUAAGGUUCCAUCUUUCAUGGUUGAGUUCACUACUCCUGUUAUAAGGGUUAGUAGGUUCCAUCUUUCUUUUGUUGUGUGUAGGGUUUUGUGGAGGACCAGUUUGGAUUAG